AUGGACAGAGUGGAGACGACCGUGGACGAGGUGUUGGAACGAACCGACGAAGUUCUCAAGAUGAACAUCAGCAUGAAGUACACGGCCCUGCAAGAUAUCGAUCAAAUCAUUCAGAAGGGAGCUCUCUUCAUUCCAGAUUCCCUCAAACUCACAAGAGUCCUGAACAUCUGCAUCCAUGGAGCAUCUGACCUACCUGGACUGGAUAGAGAUGGCAAGUCCGAUCCUUACUGCAUGCUCUACAGCAAUGGAAAAAAGAUCCUCUGCACGCACUACAUUCCACACACGAAGAAUCCAAAAUGGGAGGCUUACACGCAAUUCAUCGUUGAGGAUAUCAGCAAGGUAGUGUUAUCCUUCGUGGUUUAUGACUGGGACGGACCAUCGGCCCAUGAUGACGACUUCCUCGGCUCCACACACAUCGUCAUGUCACUGCGCUACUUCCGCGAUGUUCAACAGCGCUCCUCAAUGAAUUUUGCUAACAGAUGGGUAAUUGAUGGAGAAGUAGUCAGAGAACGCUCCUCAAUGAAUUUUGAAAACAGAUGGGUCUUGAGAUCCGCUCUGAACUUCGCAAGUGAUGGAGAAAUAGUUAGAGAAGUAGGUAGAGAGUUCCAGAGAAAAGGACCAGAAAAAGCAAAAGCAGAUUUGGCAAAAGAGUGUUUAACACGAGUUAAGAAAAAGCGAGAAAAAGAAGACGAUCGUAAACCGGGGCGUUUAGAAGGAUUAAGUUUAAGACACAUAGAAUCAGACCAAGCGAUAAUCGAAGAAAGACAUAGAGAUAAAUUAUGA